AUGAGCAGCAAAUACACUGGUGGCCAAUCUCGUGACUGCGGAGGCGUGUUGUUCAUCUCGCCCACUCUCUGUAUCAAGGCGUGCCCGGGUCGUACGCGCUUCGCCGAAGCGAAUGCCAUGGAGUUUGUGCGACAGAACACAUCCAUUCCGGUGCCCAAAGUGCAUCUUGUCACCGAAUACAAAGGUCGCGUGUACAUUGUCAUGCAGAGGAUCAAGGGCCUCAGCCUCGGCAACGGGUGGUAUUAUCGGUCUGCAGAGUCAAAACAAAACAUUCUAUUGCAGCUCAAAGCCAUGGCUGGUGAGCUUCGUAACCUUCCUCGAUCGCAAGGUGUUGGAGUUGCCGAUAUUGACGGAGGACCAGUCUGGGACUGUCGACUUCCCUCCAAAGAUCUCUGGGGCCCGUUCCCAACGAUUCGCGAAUUCCACAAAGCAUUGUCCGGUGACCAAGACUGGUCAGAUCUCAAGGACGAAAGAUAUCCCGAUCUCACCGAGCUGUCCACAUUUUACAAUCAAUCAUGGCACCGUCCGGUCUUUACACACGGAGAUCUGAGCAGCUUCAAUAUUCUUUGCCGAGGAGACACUAUCGUGGGUAUCAUUGACUGGGAGACUGCAGGCUGGCUGCCGUCCUACUGGGAAUAUGUUACGGCGUGGAACGUGAAUCCUCAGAAUCAAUUCUGGCAAGUCGAGGUCGAUAAAUUCCUGGAGCCUUUUCCACAAGCACGACGCAUGGAUUCGAUACGGCGGAAAUACUUUGGCGAUUAUUGA